AUACCUCGCAGGAUGACUCGCUGAUUCGCACUUUGGUAGCCCUCGCAUUGAUGCAACAGGACUUCAUGCAGCUCUGACUAAAAGAGCAUUCUGUCUUUUGUGGUUCUCAUGCUUAGUCUACACAGGUUGUCCACUACCAAUUUCAGUCAUAGGCCUAUGUCAUCCUUACAGAAGACUAUUAUACCGAAUAGAUCUGAGGAACGAUUAUAUGAUAAUUUUUCAUUGUUUGUUAAGGCAGAAACAGUUACGUCGCGACAUCAUACGAACGACAGGAAAAUGAACGAGCACAUGAAGAAAGUUAAAGAGAACUGGCAAGAUCAGAUGUGGGAUGCAUAUAACUUUCUUAUGAAAUGUCCGGAUGUUAGUAGGUUACAGAAGAUUCUUGUGCGCCACGACCUUUUCAGAAUGUCUUUAGAUGUACCAGGAGAUAUAGUGGAAUGUGGUGUAUUCAAAGGGACGGGGCUGAUGCAGCUCUUAAAGAUGCGCCAAAUCCAUAUUCCAUCUUCAAUGAAAAAGAUUAUUGGAUUUGAUCUGUUUCGAGAGCAGCCAAAACUUACAGGAGACGACGAUAGGCAGAUGACGAAAUUUUUCAGUGAAAGUUCUUUCACAGGUAUUGACCCGGAUACAAUAAUGCACGAGGCAUCCCUGGUAUGUAAUAAUGAUGUGACAAGCUGUAUCGAACUGGUGCCUGGGGAUGUGUGCAUAUCCUGCAAACACUAUGCUGAUUCUAAACCAGGUUUUAGAAUUUCUUUACUCUACAUGGACUUAGACGUGGAAGAAGCAACACUGAGGGCGUUAGAAGCACUUUGGCCAAGAGUGGUGCGCGGUGGGGUUGUUGUUUUUGACGAAUAUGCAGUUGCAAAAUGGUCUGAAAGCAAUGCCGUGGAUGAAUUUUUAAAGAAUAAGCCAGAACAAAAGAUGAGAACGAUUCAGUGGUCAAAAUCUCCUACUGCCUAUAUCAUUAAACAAUGACAACUUAAAACUGCUUUUUAUGAAGCAAAAGCAGAUAUACAAUAUUAAAGAGAAUAAAUUAAUAAAUAAGAUAAGUUAGAUGUAGAUAGACCUACUUAUUUAAAACCUCACAAAACAGAAUGGAAUCACAAAUUUACAGACAUGAAUCAGAAACUAGCCAGCGAGCCGUCCGGUCGUCUUUUCAAUGGCCAACAAUAUUUAGGACGGCCACUUCUGCCGUGACGGCUUUGCCUAAUCAGCUCGGCCUAGCUUCAUUGGGCCUGGUCUAACUGUAGCAAAUUCGUUAUAUUCUUAAAAUCUAUCGAAUGUUACAUUACGUAGGAUAGUCAAGUUAAGCAAGAAUAUGGCACCUAGAUUGCCAGGAGAUCUCGCACCGUUUCAUACUUUGCAAAUUAUUUUAAUUGCGUUUUAAUUUGACAAUUAAAAGUUCAAUAAAAUUCAUCGAAAAUACUUCACUCUUAAACUCUUCCCGAAAAGAAGAAGUUAUAAUAAUCAUCGCUUUUUUUUUCUAAUAAAGUGUGGGUUAUGCUAGUAGAAUAUUUUCUGUGUAUUACAGAUAAAAUAAAUGCAAUUGCCAUAUCA